GAAUCAAUACCUCCUACCUAUUCAUACCUCUACCGGAGUAAUCAGAUCCUUCACCUAUUCAUCUAUCCAUAAGUUGUCGGUGCAAUCCCUAAUCCCUACUUGCUUUCCUCAUACUGUACAUAUAUUGAUUAGAUUGACAAGUUCGUUCGAGCACAUCUAUCUGAUAUAACUCUACGCCCGCAUAGGUGAGGUUGACUACCGAUCCAUUCGUAGUUGUGAAAAAAAGGAGGCUUUCGUGGAGCAUGCUUUGAUACCAAUUUAUCACACCACUUUAUCCAUUCCGUCUCGUCUUGCAGUUGGACUAAUUCCUUGUUAUCUCUGUCUUUCUCAUUUCGCCCUGUAUUUUUGGUCCAAGUUGAGAUCGAAAUUGCUUCAAGUCUCUUCCGCCUAUCAUGUCAUCGAUUCAACAGAAGGUGGCUACUUGGAGCUCAGUUGCUUUGCGGAUUGUGACCUAUGUCUUUCUCAGAAUCAUUCCUGGUCAUCCGUGGCCGCCCCUCAUAUACACCCUUUUUGCACUAUAUGCGCCCUCCUUCAUUUAUAGUCAUGUAACACAAACACCAUAUACUGUAAUAGAGGAUGAUGUCAAUAUCACCGUUCUAGAGACUGAGCAAGAAGACCAGCCGCUCGGGUCUGCGGCACAUUCUCAAAAUAUAUCGGGUUCGGACAAACCAAAGCACGUGGAGGAAGAAGUUGAAGUAAACGAGACAGUGGUGAUAGAGCAAAAAUCACGAAGACCAUUCUAUACACUUUUGACGGGCGCGCCUGAUCCCGUAUCAACAUUGCUCUCGCUUUUGACUUUCUUGAUCAACGUGGCCUUGGUUCUGGCAACAAUAGAUCUGGUGUAUCAUGCAAAAGUUUUGCAUCCUAGUACGGAACUUUCAUUCGCACGGAUGGGCUACAUUGCCCCUACGGAAGCAAAUCUACUCGUUCGAGAACCAGAUCUCUCCAAGCUUCCCAUCUCCGUCACCUACAAGCCAGCAAAUCCAGUGGGUGCUUACGAAGACAGACCACAACUCGCCGGAACGAUCCAUGCUCUAUCAGAAGACACGGAUUUUACACAAGCUUUAAAAUUUCCAUUGCCAAACCGCCCUGAAAGGACCUAUCAAUGGACCACAUCAAAUAACCAUACUGGAUUCUUCACAACUCCCCCAAAACCUGGACAUCUUCCUCAAUCAGGAUCUUUCACAUUUUUUACGUCCAGUUGUAUUAAGCCUCGCUUUCCGUACAAUCCUUUUGACCACGCCUUGUCGAUUCCUGGUUUCAAGCACAUGGCAGAUGUCAUCAAAAAGAUUCCUGGAGGCUCCCAGUUCAUGCUGUUUCUUGGCGACUUCAUUUACAUUGAUGUCCCGAAGAGGUUUGGAGUGAGUGUGGAGGACUAUCGCCGCGAGUACAGACAAGUUUACAGCUCUCCAGAUUGGCCAGCCGUUGGGCAAAAUCUAAGCUGGAUACACGUGCUCGAUGAUCACGAGAUUGCCAAUGAUUGGGAUAAAAAGACUGCCGGGAUUUAUGAAGCCGCCGCUGAUCCAUGGCAUCAUUAUCAAACGGCCGUCAAUCCCCCUCGAGCUCGCCAAGCGGGUACUUAUAACACUCUCAGAGACGGUGCUACUUACUUCGAGUUUACCCAAGGGCCUGCUUCUUUCUUCUUGAUGGAUACCAGAACUUACCGAGAUCCUUCUUCGGAGCUCCCCGCCAACAGCACUGGAAAGUCAAUGCUUGGUGCAGAACAGCUUGCUGAUCUCCUCGACUUUCUUAAAAAGCCGGAGCCAAAAGGUGUAAAGUGGAAAAUCAUAGCAUCUAGCAUUCCAUUCACAAAAAACUGGCGGGUGAAUAGUAUGGAUACAUGGGCUGGCUACCUCAACGAGCGCCAGGUAAUUCUCGAAGCUAUGUGGGAUGUAGGCCUCCGUGGAGGCUGUGGGGUCGUCAUCAUCAGUGGAGAUAGACAUGAAUUUGCCGCAACAGCCUUUCCGCCUCCCUUGAAUGGUCGUUGGCCAGUCAGUGCAACAGUGAAUGAGUUCUCUACAAGUCCUCUCAGUCAAUUCUAUCUGCCAGUUCAUACUUAUUGGCAAACUGAUGAGGAAGAUAUACAAAUCAAGUAUAUCCCAGGCGGUAAUUCAAAAUUGGGAGCGAUCACAAUUGAAGACACUGCUAGCGACCAAAGUACUCUAAAAUUCCGCCUGUAUGUAGAUGGUCAUGAGGUUUGGUCUUCCCUCCUUCUCUCACCACCUGCUGUUCCCGGGGGUCGCUGGACCAAGGAAGCUUUUUGGAGGUAAAUUAAACGUGACAUCUAGAUGUGAUGUGGCCAGAAUAGAGACUUUUGGAACAGAAUCAAAUGCCAUAUGUUGAAGUCUUCAUCACAGAUAGCUUAUUUUGAAAUCAUGGCUCUUCAACUUCCGAAAGACUUGAUAUCCAAUCGAGAUGAUAGAUGCGUUCAAACAAAGCAGAUGGUCAUGCAGAUAAAAACGUGUAUGUGAUCAAUAUGUAUAAAACAUAUUUUUCAAUAUGCCAAUUAUGUUACAACCAAGCCAUAGAGAUCUGUUGACUUAGUAUGAGUUAUGGUUGUUAACCUCAUGAAUCUUAACUAUCCUAGUUGUUGAAGCACGAGUUGACUUUUUACCAUAUGUAAGACCUAUUUUUUUGAUCUGCGUAGCUAGAGUGACUCAUUUGGGUAUACAGCAGCAUGAGAUGAGCUUUAUUACUUGCCCCUAUUUCAAGCAAUAUUUGACCCUGC